AUGGCCAUGGGACUCGCCCCGCUCGUCCCAGUGGGGCCAAGGGCUCAGGGGCCUUCGACUUCGACAUCUCUGCGGAAUUUGCGAAUAGCUCCAAGUGGUUUGAGUACGAGUGCUCUCUAUGCCCGCAGCAGUCCAGACCUUUCGUCAUCUCUCCUGGACGCAGACAUGUCCAUCGCGGGCUUGGCUUCGGGAACGUGGGCUGGCACUGGCAUUUGCGAUCUGCGGGCUUCCGUGGCAGCGCAGCAGAAGCAGAUCGACUCUUUGGUGGAUCGCGUGGCAAUGCUUCUCUCAUCCAUGCACUCUGAGGUAUUGCAGGAUGUGCGGGCAGCGUUCAACACGUUCAACUUUGAGGCGCGCUUGACAGAGAUGCGACGAGUGGGUGAGGAGCUGGACGCACGCCUGAACGAGUUCAGAGCUCAAGCUCGGCGGUUUGGCGUCAACGACGCUUCAUCAGUUCAGGAUCAGGUGGUGCGUCUGGCGGAGAGCAUGAGCAGCCUAGAUGUUCGCUUUGCGGGACACGAGCAGAAACUGUGCGAGCUUGAGGAUCAUGUCGGCGAGAGCAUGAUCGCCGUACAUGACCGGCUUACAUCGCAAUGGGAUAAUACGUCAGCGGAGCUCAAAAAGCUGACUGACCGCUUGGAGAACACUGAGUCUGAAGUCGCGCUUUUGUCCGACGAGGAUUUCGGACAGGCCACGGCCACGGAAAGCCUACAGAAAGCUUCAGACUCGCUCCGCGUGGAGUGCCAGGAGUUCGUGCUCCAGCAGCUUGAGCCCUCAACAGCCCGCUUGACUGCCUUGGAGAACCACUCCCAGCAGCUGGAAGAACACUUCUCCCAACAAUUGGACUUUUUGGAGGCUCUGAGAACAUCUGAGCUGGUUAGGGCAACACAGGGCGAUGCCCACAAGGACUGGAAGAAGCAGGCGCAGGAUGAUAUGAGGCAGCAUGGAGAGCAGCUCCUCCAACUGACUCGUGAGGUGCGAGAUGUCCGGGCAUUUGCCUCAGGCCUGCAGAGGUCUGUGGAAGAGAAGCAGCGGGCCGAGCGAGCCGGGCGAGCCGAGAAAAUCGCCAACCUGGAGAAGCCUUCAGCAGUGCAGGACCUGCUUGGACGUAUGGAUUUGGUGCAAGCGAAGCUUGAAGCCUUGGCACCCGAUCGCGGUGUAAACCCAAGAAUGGAGCAAAGGGUGGAUGAGGUGGAUACCAGGCUCAAUUCAAUCAGCCUGUCCACCAGUCAAGAGCUCCGAUUCCUCACGCAACAGAUGAGAGAUUUGGAGAGUGCCCUGAGCAAACGUGCGGAGGGCAAUGAGAAGAGCACUGAGCACCUGCAGGUGCAAGUGCAGGACUUGGUCUCUUUCAUGAAGGAUCUGCCAAUGGCCUUCUUGUCAGGCUCGAGUCUACAAUCGGAUGCAGAAGGCCGGAUGCUCCAGGCUUUGGAGAGGAAAGUCGACCUGGCAUCGCACGAUCUGCGGUGUCAGCUUGAAUCACAGAUUGCGCAGAUUGCGGAACGAGAGCAGUGGCAGAAGCUUCAAAGCGACGUGCGCGUCGACGACGUGCGGGUGCAGAAGGUGGCUCUGGACUUGCGGAAGGAGUUCGACCAGAAACUGGCCGACAGUGGCACGGCCUCCCAGCAACUGCUAAGGGAAGUGCGGCAGGAGCUCGAAGCUCGAGCAUCUCAGUCACAACGACAGGCCGAGGAGCUGAGGCGAGAGAUGGAGCUGAAAUUGGACAGGAAGUAUUCGGCAUCGGAAAUGGCAGUGGAGGAGCUUCGGCACACCCUGGACAACACCCGUACCCAACACCAAGGAACCGUCCACAAACUGUCAGAAGACAUGAAGCAGCUUAGCGCAGAGCUCGAAGUCCGCCUUGUCAAAGCACAGGGAUCAAGCCAGAGGCUAGCCGCCGAGCUUCGCAAGGAUCUGGAGAUGAACUUAACCGAGACGAACCGGCAGGUGCUGCACGAGGAGCGACAGCAGCUGGUGAGCGACUUCCGGCAGGACCUGGAGCGACGAUUGCUGCAAAGAAACGCCCAGGUGGCCACGUCCGGCGCUGGUCAGGUCCGGACCGCCGAGGAGAUUCGGCAGCUUCGGGCAGCUAUGGAUAGCACUCGCGAGAUCGCCGAAGAGGCGCGCCGAGAUGUUAUCGGGUUUCUCUCCCGUGGGUCUGACGACUCGUUCAUCGAGGCUGCCGAACGAGCAGCCCAGGUCGCAGCAAGCUCCUUAGAGGAGCGCUUCGGUGAACGAUUGGAUCGCUGUGAUGCAGCCGCUGCUUCCUGCGAGCAGCUUACGAAAGAGAUGGAGAAUCACCUGCGACAGGUGUCCAGCGAACUGCGUGCGCAUCAGCAACUGGUGAGUGUUCUGGCCCCGUCCCUGCAGUCGAUGGAAGCUGAUUCUGUUGCCACGGCAACGGCAGCUGCAACGGCUGCAGCAGCGGCCGCAACGGAAGUGCUCUCAGAGGUGAGAAACAGUCCGGCGAUGAGGUCGUUGCGCAGUAGUCCAUCGAGAUCGUUGAACUCAAUGUCGCAGGAGCUGUUCCGCCGCUCUGAUGAGUCAAUCUCAGAGCAGCACGGAGGGCGCCCUUGCCCAAUAUCGCCAAUCUCUGAAGAAGCAGAGGUGGAUGAGCAAAGCUCUACCCUAGCGGGACGCCGACAAAAGAAUCGUGAAUUGAGUGUGGAUGUCGACCAGUACAGCCUGCAACAAAAAGUCGCAAGGAGCCUCGCAGGGUUAGAGGACUGA